AACUUAUAAAUAAAUUUCAAACUAUCAAAAAGUUAGAAUUUUUUUUUUUCAAGCAUCACUGUCAUCAAAGCCAAUGUCGUACGUUAUAGAAGUAAACCAAGGAAAUUACGAACAAGAAACGCCUAACUUUGGAAGUAUUGCCAAAGACUACCAUGAUGCAUGCGAAAUUUACAAUUCCUGUUUGAUUACCACCGAAUAUGGAGAUUCUAUUUUGGACCCAAAGAAAUGCAAUGCUAUAAACUUUGAUCCAAUAAAAACAGCUAGAGAGCAAUAUGAUAGAAUUUUGUUAAUCGAUGAAUUAUUUAAUAAAAUUAAAAAGGAAAAGGGAGCCCGUGCUGUAAGUGAAGAAUGGUUUGCUGCUUUACCGGAACAAUUUAAACCUGCCAAUUAUUAUGCUUGCUUGAGUACCGACGAAAAGGGAAAAUCAUAUCUGGACCCAGAGAAAUGCAAAAAAAAUUUUGAUCCAAUAAAGUAUGAUUUGGAAAAAUACGAUAGGGCGUUAGACAAUAUUUAUUUUAAUGAUAUAAAAAAAGAAAAUGCACCUCAUAGUGCUGGUAAAGAAUGGUUUGUUCCUUUGCCAGAGCGAUUCAAGUCUAAAUGUGAACUUAAUCCGGACAUUUUUAUUCCAAAGAGCCAAAGAGUUGUUGAUGAACCAACAAAAAAUCUUUUAUUGGAAAAAGGAAUCGAACUUUUUGGCCAUCAAAUCAAACUAAUUAAUAUUAACUCACCCGUUGAGGUUGUAGAAAUAAAAAUAACACAAGAUAACAUUCUAUUAGUAGUCGAGGAAGAAUUAGAUAAGGGAAUGUUGCGUUAUGAAGUUGAUUGUGAGAUUGAUAUGGUUCCCCUUUAAAUGUUUGCAUUUUAUUCUUUAUAAAAUUGAACAUUAUUUGUUCAAUUUCUAACGAUUUAUAUUAAUAAAUAACGUCAACUCGAGUAAUAAAUCUAUCCAAUUUUUCGACAUUUACUUUAAUAUAUGAUUUUUAGCCUACAAUUAAAAGAGCUCGACCGAGUAAAAAGACAAUAACUCGUAUAAUUUUUCGACACGUACAAAAUUUAAUUCAUACUCAUGAUUUAACUGUACGUCUGUACCCGUGUAACGACCGAGCGAAAAGUUCUCAUGAUUUAACUGUUCCCGUGUAACGAUCAACUUAUUCUAAAUAAUUAUAGCUAGCUGGAGGCAAGUUCAGCAUGCGGUUAGUUU